AUGUCGAAAUUUGCAAAUCGCUCUGACUGGGCGGACGACGAGGAGUUUGAUGACGCCCAAACUCUUCCAGCUCAACAGGUUAUUACCAACAAAGACGGCACCAAAACGGUGAUUUCUUAUCGCUUUAAUGACGAUGGCAAAAAAGUGAAAACUAGCCGCCGAAUUCGCACAACAGUGGUCAAGGAACACGUGAACCCCAGAGUCGCAGAACGACGAACGUGGGCAAAGUUUGGACUUGAGAAGGGUCACCCUCCCGGUCCCUCGUUACAUACCACUUCUGUUGGAGAAAAUAUUAUCUUCAGACCCAGUGUAAACUGGAAAGCACAAGCGAAGGAGGCAGAGAAAGCCGGUCUCGAGAAGGGAAGCAUCAAAGAUCAGCUCAAGGACAAGAAAGUCAAAUGCCGAAUUUGUUCUGGGGAGCAUUUCACUGCCAGAUGUCCGUUCAAGGACACAAUGGCACCGGUUGAAGAAUCUGGCUCCGCUGCUGUUGACGAUAUGGGCGAUGAGCGGCCGGCGGGCAGCCUGGGCGCUGGUGGCAACAGUUAUGUGCCACCCCAUCUACGAAAGGGUGGUGCUGCAGCCGGAGAGCGGAUGGGCGGUAAAUAUGAGCGAGAUGAUCUGGCAACUCUGCGCGUUACGAACGUGAGCGAGCUGGCGGAAGAGCAAGAAAUUCGGGACAUGUUCGAGAGAUUUGGUCGCGUUACCAGAGUCUUUUUGGCAAAGGAUCGGGAAACUAACAUGGCCAAAGGCUUUGCCUUCAUUUCAUUUCAGGAUAGAAGUGAUGCUGCUCGCGCAUGCGAGAAAAUGGACGGCUUUGGUUAUCGGCAUCUGAUCCUCCGAGUGGAAUUUGCGAAGAAGACUUCGUGA